AUGCACUUUCAGAAUGACCUAACAACUCUUUAUUAUUGCCUUCUGGUAAACUCUUUAUGGUGUGCAACUACUAUUCCGAUAUUGUGGUCAAAUCCUUGGAAAUAUCAUUAUGAACUGCUUCCAAAUGGCCGUUUAUCAACUGAUCAUAAACGAUCGACUCAUGUGGAAAUUCAAUCCUUGUUACUUUUGAAGACUCUCUCUACUUGUUUCUCGGCUGACUCAAAACUUUUCUUACUUAAUUACGGUAUCCGUAUCGAUUCUGGUCCUCCUCUUUUCGACUAUGCAAGAUAUUGUAGAUCCUUGGACACUUAUGACAUAGAUUACAUGUUAAGAAAGGCUCAAAGAAAUCAUCUUUGUUUUUACACUGAAGACACAAGAGACUUUGUAGGAGUGGCAAUUUACAGAUUAUUAUUUCUUCAAAGUUCUAAAAUUGAUCAUUUGACCAUUUCACAUCAAUUACCUCGCAUCUAUUCUCAAAUUUGGUUCUUUCCUG